GUACAUUGCAGUCGAGGGGGUAUGGCCCCCAUGCGGCCUUAUUCGUAUAACACAGAGAGAUCAUGGUGUUUCCCGUGACUGCUGAAGCCAUUUGUUCACAACUCAUGACUUGCGCAAGGAGGUUAUCAUUCAAAUCACUCCCAGCAGAAUGGACGGACCGGAUGUUUUUGUCGGCGCUAUCGACCAAGGCACCACCAGCACUCGAUUCCUCAUAUUCAACCAGGCCGGCGAGAUAGUAGCAUCUCACCAAGUCGAACUUACACAGAUCUUUCCCAACCCAGGAUGGCAUGAACACGACCCCCUCGAGAUAGUCUCGUCCGUAGAAACAUGCAUUGACGAAGCCAUUGCAAAACUCGAGGCCCAAUGGUUCUCCCGCACAGACGUCAAAGCAGUUGGCAUCACUAACCAGCGCGAGACCACCAUCGUAUGGGACCAUGAAACCGGCGCACCCCUCCACCGUGCGAUUGUCUGGACCGACACUAGGUCCCAAGACAUCGUGAUGCGACUCAAACAACAGCCAGGAGCAUCGCAAUUGCAGUCGAUCUGCGGCCUUCCGCUGUCCACCUAUUCAUCCGCGUCGAAGCUGCUCUGGAUGCUUGCGCAUUGCCCCAAAGUGAGAGAGGCCUACGAACGGGGCACGCUGGCUUUCGGUACCGUCGAUGCAUGGCUUGUGUACCAGCUCAAUGGCGGCCCUCAGGCGAAGGUCUUCGUAUCAGAUCCCACCAACGCCUCCCGAACCAUGUUCAUGAACCUGAAGACCCUCAAGUACGACGACUACCUGCUGGACUUCUUCGGCAUUAAAGGCCGCGUCCAUCUGCCCAGGAUAGUCCCUUCGUCGGACGCUACCGCCUACGGCUCGCUCGCCCGCGGCGCCCUCGCCGGCACGCCUAUCAUGGGCUGUCUGGGAGAUCAAUCGGCCGCUUUGGUCGGCCAGAAGGGAUUCUCGCCUGGAAUGGCCAAGAACACGUACGGCACGGGGUGCUUUCUCCUAUACAACGUGGGCGACACUCCGGUCAUCUCCUCGCACGGGUUACUGGCGACCGUGGCGUAUCACUUCGACGGGAAGCAGCCCGUGUAUGCCCUGGAAGGGAGCAUUGCCGUCGCCGGCUCAGGCAUCAAGUUCCUCCAGAACAACCUCGAGUUCUUCAAGGACCCGCAGGAAGUCAACGACCUAGCGUCGACCGUCAGCGACAACGGCGGCUGUGUCUUCGUCACCGCAUUCAGCGGCCUCUUCGCUCCAUACUGGAUCGACGAUGCAAAGGGCACAAUCUUUGGAAUCACCCAAUACAUCCAGAAAGGCCAUCUCGCCCGCGCCAUCCUCGAAGCCACCUGCUUCCAGACCAAAGCCAUCCUCGACGCCAUGGAAAAGGACAGCGGCCAUACCCUGGCUGAACUAGCCGUGGACGGAGGAAUGAGUAACUCGGAUCUAGCCAUGCAGAUCCAAGCAGACCUCAUCUCCAUCCCCGUCUAUCGACCCAAAAUGCGCGAGACCACCGCGCUCGGUGCCGCCAUCGCCGCCGGCCUGGCCGCGGGCGUGUGGCGCAACUUCUCCGAGCUGCGCGCCCUGAACUAUGGAGCGGACAGCGGCGGCACGGUGUUUGAGCCGCGAGCGGAAGUGCGCGAGGAGAGUGCGCGGGCGUUUGCGCUGUGGGAGAAGGCGGUGGCGAUGAGUCGCGGGUGGGUGGGCGAUAACGACAACGAUAAGCCUGGCGCGGUUCGGCAUCGUGGUAGCAUGCCCUCUGCGGGUGCGAAAAGGGGGCCGGCGAGCUCCGAGAUCGUCUCUGGCUUGAACGGGGCGGAUGGGCAUGCUCGUUUGGUCGCGAGUUUUGAAGCUGCCGCAGCGGAGAGUUCUGCUACCGCUGAUCUGGAGGAUGCGGAGGAGGAGGAUUUGUACCUGGAGUUACGGAGGGUGGAGAUUCUACAGAAGUUGAGGAAGGUGAGGAAGGGAAGGAAGGCUGAGUUGGCGAGUUUGUGAGACUGGAAUGGAUUGGGUCGGGUCUCAUGAAUACUUCCUUGCGGCAGAGUUCGAGACUAGAUUUGAGAAGUGAGGUAGAAUCGAGCUGUUAUGCACAGAAAGAAACUUGCCAAAUUAUCACUAACUAUUGUAGGCAAGGACAGUGAAGCU